CGUGACGUCAGAGGGAACACCAAAAGAACAAGAUGGAGGAAUAUGCCAGAGAACCAUGCCCCUGGAGGAUCGUGGACGACUGUGGAGGAGCCUUCACCAUGGGAGCUAUUGGUGGAGGAAUAUUUCAAGCAGUAAAAGGCUUCAGAAAUGCACCCUCAGGAAUGAGCCACAGAAUGAAAGGUAGCAUGACCGCCAUCAAGACCAGAGCCCCACAGCUUGGAGGAAGCUUUGCAGUAUGGGGAGGCCUCUUCUCCAUGAUUGACUGUGGUUUAGUAAAAGUUCGAGGAAAGGAGGAUCCCUGGAACUCAAUUACAAGUGGGGCCAUGACAGGAGCUAUUCUUGCUGCAAGAAAUGGACCAGUAGCCAUGGUAGGCUCUGCAGCCAUGGGAGGUAUCCUGCUGGCGUUGAUAGAGGGUGCUGGUAUCUUGCUCACUAGGUUUGCCUCUUCACAGUUCCCAACUGGCCCCCAGUUUGCAGAGGAACCUGCCCCUGCUCCCAUGCCCACCCCUUCUUUUGGAGACUACAGACAAUACCAGUGAGAGGACUCCCCCUCACUUAUUUUCCACUAGGCCUUUUUUAAAUUCCUUGCUGAAGUUACAGAGAAGAAAUUGAGGUGUAAAAUACCACACAUCAAACAAUAGCAACUGCAUCCGACUUUAUGGACCGUCUCAGAGAAGUGAAGGACAGAAUACAUCCUCAUUCCCCUUCUCCCCUAAAGAGCCAUGUACAGAUCUGCCUUCUGCCAUUUUCAGCCUUGUCGUGAGCAUCUGUGUCACCUUACACUGGUUAAAUACAGACAUGUGAUGAGAUCUGCUGUUUGAUGGUUUGUGCGGACGAGCUGUGUUUUUCUGUUUUCUUCAUAUACAGUAUUUACUGCAUGUUGACUGACAAGUGGAAGGUCAAGACUGAGAAGCUCUAGAUAGUGUUGAAACUCUCAAAACAAGUCACAUAUGGAACGUCAUGAAUCAUAAAUAAGUAUUGCUUACUUAUGUGUAUAUAAAGUAAAGACUUUCUGCUUGAAUUCCUGUUCUUAAUUUAGUCUUUAUUUGCCUUAAAUAUUGUCACCUGCUUGGGCUGGCCGCUGACAUUUGGCUGGCCCUUUUUUUUAUUUAAUUUUAGUCAGACUUAAGAAGGCAACACAAAUCAGAUACAAUGCUAUUCCUUUGAUAUUAGUUUGUCUGAAAGUGAUUUAUUUAUUUUGGAUUGUAAGAGUUGUACCAGAUUGUUCUAUUUUAUGUGACAGUGCUUUUACAUUCAACACAGAGGCUGCUAAUGACAAAUUAUGGCUUAGGCAGUACAAAAAAAUGGAGAAACUCAAGCAAGGGAUUGAUACAUUACUGUAUGAAAUGUGUAUGAUAGAUUAUACUAUGGUACAAUAAAGAAAUAAGUUGUUA